AUGUUCAUCGUCUCCCAAGCUCUUACGUCCUCAGCUGCCAAAAAUUUCAAUUCUGUGAAAGAUGGUUCUGAAGACUCUGCAUCGGAAAGUGAUAAAGACCAAGGUAACCAAGAAGAAUCUGACAAUUCUUCCUCUGAAAGUGGUUCAGCCUCAGAUAGUGAUUCAGCCUCAAGUGCCUCAUCAUCUUCAAAAUCAUCGGACAGUGGAUCAGAUUAUAAGUCUAAGACCUCCAACAGUAGUCGAGGAAAAAAUGACAUUAAGCAAUGCUGGGAAGAGAAUCCUGAUGUUUACGGCAUACGACGUUCUAACAGACAAAGAAAAGAACCUUCCAGAUUGAAUACUGGAGAUAGUGAUUCGAGUGAAAAGAAUAAACGUUUUGUGAAGAGAUCUUCGCCUAAAUCCUGGAAUUCUGAUACAUCUUAUGAUAGUGAGACUGAUAAAGAAUCAAAAAGGCCUCCACCAAGCAAACCCCCUGGUGGCAGAAGAAGACUAGCCAAGACAUCUAGGAAACCUAAGUCAAGAAUUCGAAAUAGAGCCUAUUCUGAUUCUUCUGAGUCAAGCUAUGAGACUAAAUCUAGAAGAGGAGUUUCAUCUGUUAGUUAUAAAGAAGCUAGCGAUGAAAAAACGGAUUCAGAUGAAUUAUUGGAACCUGACCCAGAACCUGUUGAACCUGUACCUCCCGAUACAUCUGAAACUAUUGAAAAAAUUCUUGCUCAAAGAAUUGGCAAAAAAGGAGUCGUUGGUAACCAAACUACCGUAUAUGCAAUUGAAGAGAAUGGUGACCCCAAUGCAAACUAUGAGUCUCUGGAUAAAGAUCAAACUGAGGUUCAAUAUUUGAUUAAAUGGAAAGGAUGGUCCCAUAUCCAUAAUACGUGGGAAUCUGAACAAUCAUUGAAAGAACAGAAAGUUAAAGGUGUAAAGAAAUUAGAAAACUUUGUGAAAAGAGAAGAAGAUAUCAGGUUUUGGAAAGAACACACAACUCCUGAAGAUAUUGAAUAUUAUGAAUGCCAAUUAGAACUUCAACAAGAACUUCUUAAGAGUUAUAAUAGGGUUGAAAGAAUCAUAGCUGUUUCAAAAACUGAUGGUCAGGUUGAGUAUUAUGUUAAGUGGGAAUCUUUACCCUAUUCUGAAGCGACAUGGGAGGACUCUGGACUGAUUGAAAAAAAGUGGCCAAAAAAGAUAAAGGAAUUUAAAGAAAGAGAAGACUCAAAAAGAACACCUAGCAAAUUAUGCCGUGUUUUAAAAGCUAGACCGAAAUUUAUUAAAAUUGAAGAUCAGCCUGAAUAUAUGGGAGGAGACCAGGUUUUAGUUCUUCGAGAUUACCAAAUCAGUGGUUUAAACUGGCUAGUUCACUCAUGGUGUAAAGAAAAUUCCAUUAUUUUGGCUGAUGAAAUGGGAUUGGGUAAAACUAUACAGACUAUAUGCAGUUUAUAUUAUUUAUUCCAUACUCAUCAAUUAUAUGGACCUUUUCUUAUUGUUGUGCCUUUAUCUACUAUGACAUCAUGGCAGAGGGAGUUUUCGUUAUGGGCUCCAGAAAUGAAUGUUGUGACUUAUAUUGGUGAUAUUACUUCUCGUGAUGUUUUGCGUAAUUAUGAAUGGUGCUAUUCUGGUUCUAAAAGAUUAAAGUUUAAUGCUAUCUUAACGACAUAUGAAAUAGUUCUCAAAGAUAAGGCCUUUUUGGGCAGCAUAAGCUGGGCUAUUCUUAUGGUAGAUGAAGCACACAGAUUAAAAAAUGAUGAUUCUUUAUUAUAUAAAACAUUAAAGGAAUUUGAUACUAAUCAUCGUCUUCUUAUAACUGGCACUCCUUUACAAAAUAGUCUGAAAGAGCUUUGGGCUUUGUUGCACUUCAUUAUGCCAAACAGAUUUAAUAACUGGGAAGAAUUUGAAAAAGAGCAUGAUAAUUCUGCAAAUAAGGGCUAUACCAAGUUGCACAGACAACUAGAACCUUAUAUUUUACGCCGAGUUAAAAAGGAUGUUGAGAAAUCAUUACCAGCUAAAGUGGAACAAAUUCUACGUGUUGAAAUGACGUCAGUUCAAAAACAGUAUUAUAGAUGGAUAUUGUCCAAAAAUUAUUCUGCUCUUCGAAAAGGUGUCAAAGGUUCCCCCAGUACAUUUAUAAAUAUUGUUAUUGAACUAAAAAAAUGCUGUAAUCAUGGUCAUUUAAUAAAACCAUUGGAACAUGAAGCAAAAAAUGAAGACUAUUUACAGCAAUUAUUAAAGGGAUCAGGGAAGUUACUACUGUUGGACAAGUUGCUUGUCCGCCUUAAAGAAACUGGGCAUAGGGUAUUAAUAUUUUCUCAAAUGGUAAGAAUGUUGGACAUUCUAGCUGAAUAUCUUCAAAUGAGACAUUUUCCUUUCCAACGAUUGGAUGGAUCAAUUAAGGGCGAAUUGAGAAAGCAAGCUCUUGAUCAUUUUAAUGCAGAAAAUUCACCUGAUUUCUGUUUUCUAUUGUCUACUCGUGCUGGUGGUUUGGGUAUUAAUUUAGCAACAGCUGACACUGUUAUAAUAUUUGACUCAGAUUGGAAUCCACAGAAUGAUUUACAAGCACAAGCUAGAGCCCACAGGAUUGGUCAGAAAAAUCAGGUAAACAUAUAUCGACUUGUUACUAAAAGUUCUGUUGAAGAAAAUAUUGUUGAGCGUGCUAAACAAAAAAUGGUCUUGGAUCAUUUAGUUAUACAGAGAAUGGAUACUACUGGUAGAACUGUUCUGGAUAAAAAAAGUUCUUCAUCAAGUGCACCUUUUAAUAAAGAAGAAUUAACUGCUAUACUAAAGUUUGGUGCUGAAGAAUUAUUCAAAGAUGAAGAAGAUGGUGAUGAAGAACCAACCUGUGACAUUGAUGAAAUUUUGAGAAGAGCUGAAACUAGAGAUGAAGGGCCAGCUAAUGUUGGUGAUGAAUUACUUUCAGCUUUUAAAGUUGCAAGCUUUGCUUUUGAUGAAGAUAAAGAAACCCAAAGCGAACCAGAACAGCAGGAUGAUGAUACGAGAGAUUGGGAUGAAAUAAUCCCUGAAACUUAUAGACAAAAGGUGGAAGAAGAAGAAAGAGCUAAAGAAAUGGAAGAUCUUUAUUUGCCGCCUAGAAGUCGGAAAACAUUGCAACAGAUUAAUCAUUCUGAAAGUGACGCCGAUGGUAAAGCUAAUAAAAAGAAAAGAAAGAAAGGGGAAGAAAAUGAAACAACCGAAGAAGGUAGUGAUGAAGAGAAACCAAGGAAAAGAGGCCGUCCACGAGGAAAUAAAGGCUCAAGCAAAGAAAUUAUAAAAGGUUUUAAUGAUGCUGAGAUACGGAGAUUCAUUCGUAGUUAUAAGAAAUUCCCUGCUCCUUUGAAAAGACUAGAUGCAAUAGCUUGUGAUGCUGAAUUGCAGGAAAAACCUUUAGCUGAGCUAAAAAAGUUAGGAGAAAUGUUGAAGCAAAGGUGUAAAGCUUGUUUAGGUGAUCAAACAAAAGAAAACAUAACUGAUACUAAUGAGGAGAACACUGGUACUUUAGGAAGAAAGAGGGGGCGUGGACCUUCAGCGAAACUAGGUGGUGUUUCUGUUAAUGCAAAGAGUUUAUUAGCUUGUGAAAAAGAAUUAGAACCCUUGGAUAUUGAAAUUCCAUUAGAUCCAAAUGAGAGGAAUAAGUGGGUUCUUGAUGUUCGGGUGAAACCAGCAAAUUUUGAUUGUGAUUGGGAUGUAAAUGAUGACAGUGCCUUAUUACGUGGAGUUUAUCAAUAUGGAAUGGGUUCUUGGGAAGCUAUAAAAAUGGAUCCAUCAAUUGGAAUUAGUGACAAAAUCCUUUCAAAUAAUGGAUCAAAGCCUCAAACAAAACAUCUAGCAUCAAGAGCUGAAUAUCUACUCAAAGUUUUAAGAAAGAGUAUUGAUCAACGCCAAGGAUCAACUGUAAAGACCAAGAGGCAAAGAAAGCGAGAUACCAAAGCAACCUCGAGAGAAAUAAUUGAAGACAAAGAUGAUAGUUCUGGAGGAGAACUGCCAGCAGAAGCUGUAUCAACUCCUAGUCAAGAUUCUUUUAAUCAUAAAGAUAUAAAACUAGAGGAAAAUGAAGAAGAUAAAAAAAAAGGAAAGAAGAAAGAGGUACAAAAAAAGAAAAAGAAGAAUGAAUCAGGUCCAAUGCAUUUUACCGCUAACAGUGAGCCCAGAGCACUUGAUGUACUAGGUGACCUGGAACCAUCUAUUUUUAAUGAGUGCAAAGAAAAGAUGAGGCCAGUGAAAAAAGCUUUGAAAGCGUUAGACAAUCCUGAUCAGAGUCUAGGUCCUCAGGAACAAGUUAAUCAUACUCGUCAGUGUUUGGUACAGAUUGGUGAUCAAAUAAAUAAAUGCUUAAUGGAGUACAAGGAUUCUGACACUAUUAAACAAUGGAGAAGUAAUUUGUGGUACUUUGUUUCCAAAUUUACGGAAUAUGAUCCAAAGAAGUUGUAUAAAUUGUACAAGCAUGCCAUCAAAAAUAAAAAAAUUAAAACUGAAAAAGAAGAAAAGGAAAAAGAGGUUAUAAAACCUGAAGGAAAUGGUGUUAAUAAAAAGCGAAAGUUAGAAGAAGAAGAUAAAGAAACCACUACUUCUAUUAAAAAAACCUCUUCUAGUGGAAAUCGAAACUCUGAAGAAGAUAAGAAAGGCAAUGAAAAUGACAAGAAAAAUAAACCUCCUGAUACCAGUUCAACCCCAAGAUUGACUCCUGAUAUAAAUCAUGGGAAUUCUAAUGAUAGGUGGACACAUCAGCAGAGAGACAAGUAUGGUGAUAGAUUUAGAGGUGGUCCUGGUGGAAAUUACAGUGGAGGUCCAUAUCCUCCUGCUUAUGGCUAUGAAGGUUCUGGUCAUGUUUACCCAAGAGAUAGAUACCCUCCUCCUUCAGGAGGGUUUCAUGAUUGGAGAAGGGAUGGAAAAGAUUACAGAAGAGAUAGGUAUCCUCAUUCCACAAACUCAUAAUUAUUUUUGUAUUACUUCGUUUUGUUAAUUGUUAUUUUUUUCUACUUUUUAUGCUCUUGUUUUCAGUUUAUUGUAUGUAUAAAAUCUACAGAUAUUUAUUUACAAUACUUAAUUUUCAUAAUAUUGGACCAAUAUUAGUUUAACAUUUGUUUUCUCUUCAUUUUCAUGUGUACAUAUGUAAAUUUUUGUAAAAAUAUUGUAUCUUAUGUACAUAUAACUUAUACAUAAUAUAUUUUAUAUGUAUCAAUAUGUGUUAAAGAAAAGUUAUUUGAGUAACUUAAUUUUUUUUUAAUAAUUGAAAUUUUUUUAAUGAUAAUUUUUAUCAGUAUGAAAUAGUGGAAAGUAUAAUCGAAUCAAUCUCAUUGCUAUUUCUUUUCUGUUGAAGAGUAAAUUUAUUUUAUAUAUAUAUUUUAAGGAAAAGAAGUUAUUUGAUGUUAUGAUUUCAAUAGUUUCAAUUAUCAUUAAUUAGAUAAUUUGUUUUUAUUUUUUAAUCAAACUUGUUCCGAUACAUAUAUUAAUAUUUCAAGUGAUUUUUGAUGUAUGUUUGUUAAUCUAUUUUUAAAAAGAUAUAAUUAUUUAUUUCCAAUAUUUGACUUCAUUUGUCCAAAAAUAAUUAGAGGUAUUUAGAUAUAUGAUAAUAAUUGAUAUUUCUAAGAUAUGAAUACUUAAUUUGUAGGAAGCAUUCUUUAUAUAAUUAUUUCUAAAUAUUACUGCUGUAACAUAUAUCAUUUUGUAAGAUUUUUUAAACUGCAUUAUUUUAAAAGAAAUUCCUCAUUGUUAAACAAAAUUAAUCAAAAGGAAAUAGUCAACAUAAUUGUAUGAAUUAUAUAGUUUGGUUUUCUUACUAUAUGUAAUUUUCCUAAGGAAAAUACUACUGUUGUUAUAAUUUGUUUUGUUUUACAUUGAAAAAACUGCUUAAGUUAUGUUAUUCAUUUAUUUUAUUACUGUAUAACUUUUUUUUUCACAUUUAUUCACUACCUCUUUUGGUGGAGAUAUCAAAUAUUUGUAUUGCUUAUGAAAACUAUUGGACUUACACAGACAUAUUUAUUGCAUGUGUAUAUAACUUUGUGUAUAUAUGUAUGUUUGUGUAUAUAUAUCGUAAUGUAUGUAUGUUAAUACAUAUAUAUAUAUAUCACCAUUCAUAUUUAUGUAAAUUAAAUAUUUUAAGUGUUUUAAAAGAUGUACCUUAUUGAAGUUUACACCAGGCUUCAUACUUAUUUCUUAAUUUACUUUAAAUAAUAUAAAGCUUUAACAAAUUCAAUUAUGUAGCCAGUCACACCAGGCCUAGCUUUUUUUCCGUACCAAUGUAGUUUAAAGUAAUGAACUUUUAUAAAGUAAACUUUCUGUGAUAUCAAGUCAAGGAAAAAUGUUGGUCUUGCUGUUGAAAAUUCUCAUAAUGUUGCUUAAAUUGAAUUUGUUAAAUUUUUCUAUUCCUUUUAAGUUCUAUUUGUAAAAUAUUGUAUAGUUUUAUUAAUGCUCUUGUAAGUAUUUGUACAUAUCUAGUUAUAUUGUACACUUGUAUAGUACGGCAUUUGGAACUGCACACUUAUUUUAGGAUUGUUUAUAAUCUGAGCAGUUGGACUAGGCUAUUUGUAUUGUUCACUUGAUAUUGUAUAUAUUAUGUUAAUAAAAAAUGUAUCUUAUCCCAUGAUUCCUCAAUGUUUCAUUGCUCAGGUGAGCUUUCUUUUUAAAAUGUGAUAACGAUUUCUUUUUUUAUUGAUUCAAUUACUUAAAGAAAGGGAAAUAAAAGUUUAUUUUCAUUGAAGCAAUAAUUUAAACCUAUACCGCAAUAGAAUAAAAUGCGACCUCGUCUGGUACAUAAUUGUACUUACUUAGUAAAAUGUGCUUAGUGCAGUUUAUAUUUUUAAAUAUAAGUCAUGUUUUUAAAAUAAAAUGUUGUUUCAAUUUACCAUUCUAGUAUGAUUUUCAAAUUAUUGGGUGUAAAAAGUAACGUGUUGUAAUAUUUUUUUUUAUUUAAAUCAAUACAUUUUAGGAGGAUUUUAAUUUGGUCUGGCUUAAUUUUUAUUUUUAUAUAGAGUUUUCAACGAACUGUAUGAAAAUGUAUAUAAUGAUUUGUUUUUUCUAGUGGAAAUUGUUACGAAUGAAUGACUUUAUAUUUUAUAAACAUUCAUUAUAUUAUGUGAUAAUAUCAAGAUAAAUAAAUACAAUACUAUGCAUAUAUAUAUAUAUCGUGUAUUUAUUCAUUUGUUUAUACAUCUUUAAAUAUAUGUGAUUUUUUAAAGAUUUAUUUUUAAUGUAAAUAAACUUGUGAGUUCCUUAGAUUGAUAAAUAAAUUUCAGCUAAUUAUA